UAGGAGAUCCCGGAGAAGAGCCCGGUUGAACCAGCGGACUGUGGAUAUAUACGACCUCUGUCACCGAAGAAUGUGAAAAUCCGCCUCGCCUCGGGAUGCAAGUGGUAGGCGUGUUUUUUACCAACCACCUUUCUGGCCUUUUCCGACUAAUGCUGUGUUUGCCCACAGCCAAUCUCGCCAUGGCUGAUCCCAUCGUAAUUAGUUUUCUUUCUGUGGUCGAUCCGGCUAUUCUAAAACAAUUGUCCGCUGCCUGCUGUUGGGAUGAUCCCAACUGGCAUUCGACAUUGAGUCCGAAUGCAGUUCGAGCCACGCAGCCGCGGCCCUGGAUUCAACCAGGCGGUUGUUAAUCUGGGAGAUAGUUCCUCUCAGCAAGCGGGAUAAAUGAGCUGGAUAUGAUCUGGCGAGAUCAUCCUCAC